UGACGUUCUGUGCAACGUUACCACGGUGAUGCAGAGACGCUGAUCUUUAAAUCCUCUUAUUCGCAAGCUACAGUAGCGACAGUCAGCAGUUGAAAUCUCGGUUACAGACCUGCAUUCGUUAGCUUUGUGUACAGCGUGUUUAAGGGCCGAACAUGGCAGGAGUGUUGGAUGCACUCUGGGAGGACAGAGAUGUUCGCUUCGACAUCACACCACAACAGAUGAAAACCAGGCCUGGUGAGGUACUCAUCGACUGCCUGGAUUCAAUCGAAGACACUAAAGGAAAUAACGGCGAUAGAGGAAGACUCCUGGUGACCAAUUUAAGAAUCAUCUGGCAUUCUGUUGCCUUGCCUAGGGUUAACUUGUCUGUGGGAUACAAUUCUGUCAUAAACAUCACUACAAGAACAGCAAAUUCAAAACUGAGGGGGCAGACUGAAGCUCUUUACAUCUUGACUAAAUCAAAUAACACAAGAUUUGAGUUUAUCUUCACUAAUGUCAUUCCUGGAAGUCCAAGACUCUUCACUUCUGUCAUUGCUGUACACAGAGCUUAUGAGACCUCUAAAAUGUACCGGGAUCUCAAAUUAAGAGCAGCUUUGAUACAGAAUAAGCAGCUGAGAUUACUACCACGUGAACAAGUGUAUGAUAAAAUCAAUGGAGUUUGGAAUUUAUCCAGCGAUCAGGGUAACCUGGGCACUUUCUUCAUUACUAAUGUGAGGAUAGUGUGGCACGCAAACAUGAACGAAAGUUUCAAUGUCAGCAUUCCUUACUUGCAAAUACGCUCAAUAAGGAUUAGAGACUCUAAGUUUGGACUUGCGCUCGUGAUCGAGAGCUCUCAGCAGACAGGUGGAUAUGUACUGGGUUUUAAGAUCGAUCCACUGGACAAACUACAGGAUGCAGUGAAGGAAAUGAAUUCUCUUCACAAAGUCUAUUCUGCAAACCCAAUCUUUGGUGUGGAAUAUGAGAUGGAGGAAAAGCCACAGCCGCUGGAGGAGCUAACAGUAGAGCAGCUUCCUGAUGAUGUAGAGAUCGAACCAGAUGAACAGACUGAUGCUUUUACAGCAUACUUUGCUGAUGGCAACAAGCAACAAGAUAGAGAGCCGGUGUUCUCCGAGGAGCUUGGUUUAGCGGUGGAGAAAUUAAAAGAUGGCUUCACGCUGCAAGGACUUUGGGAGGUCAUGGGUUGAAUAGAUGAAAUUGUACUAACUGGAUCAGUGUAAAUUGUUAACCAUGAGUGCAUUCAAAGGCUGAAAGGAAAAGUUUUAUGGUUUAAAUUCUUAUUGUUCAUUUACAGUAAUUUGUAUCUAGGUGUUUUUAUUUAUUUCCAGACUUAAUUUAUAUAUUUUGUAUAUAAUAUGAAAAUAUAUAGUAUAUUAUCAGUUUAUGGUAGAAAUAAAUGGGUGAGAUAUUUGUAUGCUGUCACAUUUUGUCAAAAAGAAGUGAUAUUUCUGCUACUAGGGUGUAAUAAACAGA